CGCGGUAACGAUCGCACGCGCCUUCCGAGCAUCAUGCCGAAAAGAAGUGCGCAGUCUCAAAUUGAGAAAUACGAAAGAAAAAUAAGGAAAAUCGAAGAAAAAGAGAAAAGAAGGCGGAGAAUUAUUUCUCCGAUUGAAUCGUCGUCGGACGAAGAAGAUACCGGAGAUCAUGGACAAAACUGUGACGCGAUCCCGGAGUCAGCAUUAGCUGCCCCAGAAAUCACACAAGAGGCGGAGCCGUUAUCUAACGAUAACCCCGACCAAAAUGAGGGCGGGGCUGGGCCUGACCUUCACGAGGAAGCCCCCGCUAGUGAUUUGCCAGAUUUGGACCCAGAAUUACUGGAUGCCCUUGGGGAGUCCACGUCCGACUCACCCGACUACGGAGAAAAAAUUCACGACAGUUUAUCAAAAUUGUGGCUACCUUUACUUCGGAAAGGUAUGCCCAAGGAAAACAAGGACAAAUUAUUAAAAGAAUACCUAAUUCCAGAUAACUGUAGACUUCUACAGGCGCCUAAACUAAACGCAGAGAUUUCGGCCGCGAUACCGGACAUGGUUCGUAAUCGCGAUAAGACGCUCACUGCAUCGCAACAACAGCUGGGUUCGGGAAUCACCGCCAUCAACAGAGGCGUUGAUUUGCUCUUAAAGAGCGAUAACAAGGUCCAAGCAAUGAAACAUUUAAGCAACGGUUGCAGAUUGCUUUGUGAUUCGCACUACUUAGCGACCCAAGGUAGAAUAAAACUGAUAAGCCCCAGUUUAGAUAAAUCGUUCUUACAGUUGGUUAACGAAUCUGAACGAGAUGACUCAUUGUUUGGCUCGAAGCUAUCGGAGAAGAUAAAAGCCGCCAAAGCCAUCGAGAAGCAGGGUCUUUCAAUCAAAAAACCUGCUAAACCCCAAAAAACCACUGCCCAGCCGUCCGGCUCUCGAUCAUCUUCCUACCAGGGAAACUGGCACGCGCCGCCUCGGUACCCGGCGAACAGGGGGGGGCGCGGCGGUUACAGCAGGAGGCCAACGACCUCGGGAACUCGCCGGCCUUACACAGCGUCAGCGCAGCAGCCGCAGCGAGCUGCAUCUCAGGGGAAGCCCCCUGCCCCAGCGCAGAAUCACCAUUAGCACAGAGAUCAUCAUCCCUUGCACAAGCGCCUUACCCUGGCUGUCGCGAGGCUCUGCGGCAGUCGUUCAUCCGAAAAGGCGCCUGUCCUGCAUCGUCUACACUGAUGUUAGCUUCGCUCUCUGACAGUACUGUUAAACAGUAUAACACUUCGCUUAAGCUGUGGUGGCAAUAUUGCGUCGAGAACAACGUUGACGUGUUCGAACCCUCGAAAAAAUUCAUACUUACAUUCCUAACAACACAAUUUAAUAAUGGUUGUGCGUAUGGCAGUUUAAAUUCUCACCGUUCUGCUUUGUCAGCAUUUAUAGGUAAUAACAUCGGCUCUGAUGAGUGUGUGAAGCGCCUUCUUAAAGGUGCAUACAAAUCGAGGCCUGUGCAAUCCAAAUAUUCGAGCACUUGGGAUCCUCAAGUUGUUUUAAACCUUAUUUCAACAUGGUUUCCUAAUACCGAGCUUUCCCUCGAAAAAAUCACGAAAAAACUCGUAGUCUGUUUAGCACUGUGUACCGCUCACAGGGUACAA